ACUCUGGUCAAUUUGCCUCAACUCUGAGCUGGGAGUAGAAAUGUUAAGGAUAGUACAGUCAAGUAAAAUGUAAAGGGUGCCCUCAAACAACAGCAGCUUAUGUCUCAGGGUGACACUUGCCAGUUGGGACUGAGCCCCCGUUAGCCACCAGCACCAUCAGCAAGCCCCAGUGGUUUGCUGGGAGGUCUUGAUCAUGGGAAGGCUGUUGUUUUGUGGUUAACACUUCCACCCAGCUCCACGUGGGCAAACAUCCAAAUAAGACGAAACUGAUUGCCAGGCUACUGCACUCUAUUUCCACAUCUGUUUAGGCUCCUCUCGGGUCUUGCUCCAGUCCUGAUUUCUGCAUUCUGACUCCUGGCUGAGCCGUCUCCCGCAGCUUUAUUUAUUUCUGGCCUUACUGAGUGAGUGUCGAUGCUUUGCUUAAGAACUAAGCUAUCUUCUCCGACGCGUGGCUUCCUGUAGCUGGCUGACUUCGUUCCUCCACGCGUGGUGGAGCAUCAGUUCUCCGGGAUUCAAGUCGGCUCUGUCCUGUGUGCAGUCCAACAGGGCCAUACGGAUUGCACAUAUCUGGAUAUUAACUUCUGGGUGGAGCAUUAAAACACCGGAAACAGAUACCCUCAUUCUCCACUUGACAAGGUCAUGGAAGAUCUAGACGAAACAUUAUUCGAAGAAUUUGAGAACUACUCCUAUACCCUGGAAUAUUACUCCUCAGAGUCUGAUUUGGAGGAGAAAGCCCACCUGGGAGUUGUUCACUGGAUCUCCCUGGUGUUAUACUGUGUAGCAUUCAUUUUGGGUAUUCCAGGAAAUGCCACUGUCAUUUGGUUCACGGGGUUCAAGUGGAAGAAGACAGUCACCGCUCUCUGGUUCCUCAAUCUGGCUAUUGCGGAUUUCAUUUUUCUUCUCUUCCUACCUCUGUACAUCUCCUACGUGGCCAUGAAUUUCCACUGGCCCUUUGGCAUCUUGUUGUGCAAGGCCAAUUCCUUCAUUGCCCAGCUGAACAUGUUUGCUAGUGUUUUUUUCCUGACGGUGAUUAGUCUGGACCGCUAUAUCCACUUGGUCCAUCCUGUCGUAUCUCAUCGGCACCGAACCCUAAAGAACUCCCUGAUAGUUAUUACAUUCGUUUGGUUUUUGGCUUCUCUAAUGGGUGGUCCUGCCCUAUACUUCCGGGACACUCUGGAGUUCAAUAACCACACUCUCUGCUAUAACAAUUUCCACGAGUAUGAUCCUGACCUUACUUUCGUGAGGCACCAUGUUCUGACCUGGGUGAAAUUUAUUGUUGGGUACCUCUUCCCCUUGCUAGCAAUGAGCAUUUGCUACCUGUGUCUCAUAUUCAAGGUGAAGAAGCGAAGCAUCCUGGUCUCCAGUAAGCAUUUCUGGACCAUCCUCGCUGUGGUCAUGGCCUUUUUGAUUUGUUGGACUCCUUAUCACCUGUUUAGCAUUUGGGAGCUUACAAUCCACCACAGUAGCUAUUUCCACCAUGUGCUUCAGGCCGGCAUCCCCCUCUCCACUGGCCUGGCAUUCCUCAAUAGUUGUUUGAACCCCAUCCUCUACGUCCUAAUUAGUAAGAAGUUCCAAACACGCUUUCGGGCCUCGGUUGCUGAGAUACUAAAGCACACGCUGUGGGAAGUCAGCUGUUCUGGCACGGUGAGCGAACAGCUCAGGAACUCUGAGACCAAGAACCUGUGUCUCCUGGAAACAGCUCACUUUUCCAGCAUGGUACCUCGGGGUAGUCAGACUCCUUAUAUGGCACAGUUUAGGGCCCUAAGAAGCCAAGGUGGACAUCUCUAGGCCUCUUAAAGGCUAUGUCCGACCCCUGAUGCAGUACCACGCCCACUGUACUCUCUCGGUCCAAGUAGCCACCAGGUCAGUUCAGGUUCAAGGGGAGGUGACCCCACCUGUCAAUGGGGAUAUGCUCCUAUCCUUAAUCCCUCAUGGUAUCAGUAUAAUUAACAUUUUUGGGAAACUCUGGGUAUGUGCAAGUAUGCGUGACAUUGCUGUAAACGUAAAACCCUGACAUCUAGAUAGUAGGUAGGCCAGCCCAAUCUCAGAAAGAUUUCAGAAAAAGAAAGCAUGCGUGACAUAGUGACAUAUUUCUACCUUCUGUUCCUAUAACUGUAUUGAUGUAGGCACCAGUACAAGACCAAUGACGUAUACCUUUACGUCAGUGAGUGACCUCUUCAUGGUGCAAAUCUGUUGCAUUUUAGACUGUAAUGGUAUUUUGCCUUCUAUCCAUUUAUUCCUUUAGCAAACAGACGAGUGUCUAAGGGGUAUACGGAGGCAUGUGGCACUUAACAGUUUGGAAAGUCUAGAGAUCAAACCUGCAUGAAAACAAUGCUAGAACAAGGUAGACAGUAAUAAGUGCCAGAAGAAAGCCAAGAAAAGUGUAGAUUGUUCAGAGAGGAAAGAGCACCCAGUAUAGAAGUGAACAAACAUUGGGGUUGCUUGAUUUGGGGGUUUCCUAAGGAUCCUGUUCCUGUCCCUUGUCUCUGCUGGUGUCCUUGUCUUUUAUGAAUUACAAACUCUGCUACUCACUGCAAUUUUUAAAAGCAUUUGACUUUCCAUAAUUUCCGGAUUUUAUUUUGAAAAUUGGGAGGAGGAAAUGUAUUAUUUCUUGAGUCAGUAUCCUUUUUUAUUUCACCUCUCAGCUUUUGGAAAUGCUAGUCUCAGAUCUUUAUUGGCUCUGUUCUUUACUGUUGGCCCAGACAACAAUCAGAUCUGGAUUUGGAAAUUAUUCCCCAAAAAUGUGUGGCAUAGCUCAGCAUAUCCCAACCUGUCACUCCCAAAUUUCACGGUUUCUGCCCUACCCAGUAUGGAGGGAGGGUAGGAAGAAAGGUACUCAUUGUCAGUGUCUGCCCCCUCUACCACGACCACGACCACGAGAGGUUAAGAGAUUCCACUUGCCCUCAAGGGAUAGGCCUUGAUUUCCCCGGAUCAGGAGAAAAGCUGGAGGAUCCAAGACAAAGAGAACUCUAUAGGCUCAUCCUUAGCUUGAGCAAAUGGAGAGAUUCUCAAGGCUGUUGGAGAAAGGAAGGGUGAGAAGCAGGGAGAGGAUUAGGCAACCAAGGGCAGAAGGAAAUUAUGGAGCAGGAGAUGUUACUACCUGGUAAGCAGGAGCUUACCAAAGGCCUAUAAAAAUAUUUGAGAUCUUUGGGUGCCUGGGGGCUCAGUUUGUUAAGCAUCCAAGUCUUGGUUUAGGCUCAGGUCAAGA